UUUAGUAACAAACUAUUUCCUGUCUGCUCACGUGAUUUGAAUUCGGUGUUGACAAUCUUGGUGGUCAUGUCCAGCAGAUACCCGAUAGUGGUGCAGGGUGAGGCAUCCGAAACAGACUCAGAUGAUGAAGUUUACAUUACCUCCCUGCCAACUCCCCAGACGGCCAUUGUAGGAGCCAAGGUUCAAGGGGAAGCUUCUGAAACAGAGAGCGAGGAUGAAGUGGAGACGUCGACCCGAGGUUCUGCAUUGAGUCACGAAAGUGCUAAGAUACUCAAAAGAGAUCUACCUCCGCUUAUUGUCGUAAGAGAUCACCCAAAUAUACAAUCUGUUGUGGAAGACAGACCAAGUCCUACACAUAAGCCUGUUGGUGAUACAUUAUUGCAGCAGAAAUUGCAGGAGUCAAACAGCCGGCUCUAUUCCAAUGUGGGGCAAAUGCUACGACACGUUUAUGGCAAUGCUAGCAAGGAGGUGCGCAGUACAACGGCACAGCUUAACGCAUCACAGAGCGCUAUCAUCAACGCUUCUCAUAGCAUCCGGCUGAUUUUGGAUGACUUGAAGGCCGUGUCUGAGAAGAUCGACAUCAUCACCAGUUGUCAGAUAUUACCUGAUAUCAAGUUGAAUGAUUCAGAGGAAAAUAACACUCCUUUAUCCCAAAGAAAAGAAGUAUAGAUAUUAUGCAUAUUAGCAAGUGAAAAUAUUUUGCAACAGCUAAUAUUUAUUACUCUCGUUUGAUACGAAUUGAUUAUUGGAAUGUUUAUUUAAUGUUCUUUUGUUCCAUCUCUUUUAAAUAACAAAUCAGACUUGAACUGCAGAUUUUUCUCAAUGUACAUUUUUAAAUGUUUUAUUCUAUGUGUCAUUCUAUAUUAUUUUACAAUGUAAAUUUACAAUUCAAACCAAUUUAUAAGCCGUGUAAAGAGAGGCUCCUAGUGAUGUAGCGACCGUUCUUACCACACGAUGGCGGUAACAGUACAUAGAUUCCAACUACAGUGCUUUAGGUUGCAGUACUCUUGCCGUUUGCUUUAUACACCAUUCGAGCUAUAUAAAUUUGUUAUUCUUACAGAUAAUUGCUGUAUUUGUAGAUUAUCAGCAAAAGGUGUGUCUCAAUAACAUCUUUUGCAGCCUUUUCUUGAUAUUGAUAACUAGAGUUGCACAGUUGCAUUGCAUUGUUGAACAAGUCCUCAUGAUAAAACGAGACUCCACAUGUG